ACAUUUUGUUUUAUUAGGAUGUCCCUGAAGGAACAAAUACGAGGAUUACACAUACAUAUGCGCGGAUCUAAAGCUGGAAAAUUUUGAAUCUCAAACUUUAAUCGCCGAAUUCUCUCUCCGGGCAAAGCAAACCAAAAACCCUAGCAUUUUCCAGUGCUUUUGUUUUGGUUAAAUUCUUUGAUUUUUGGGUAUUAUCUAUUCGAUUGAUAAUGGAAUUUGGGAGGAAGAGAAGAGGAGGUGGUGCUUUUGAUAGAAGUGGAGGUGGAGGCAUGAAGAAAUCAAGAGAUGAAUCAGAAUCCUUUACGACUGGUGUAGGAAGCAAAUCAAAGCCAUGCAUGAAGUUUUUCAGCACUUCCGGAUGCUCAUUUGGAGCGGGAUGUCACUUUCUUCAUUAUGUUCCUGGCUACACUGCUAUGAGCCAGCUAUCAAACAUGGGUUCGAACCCAGCACCUCCAUUUGGAAGGAAUAAUGCCUCUUUUAGUGAUGGUCCUGGCCCCGCUGUGAAAUCAAAGUUUUGCAGCAAGUUCAACACUGAAGAAGGGUGCAGGUUUGGUGAUAAGUGCCACUUUGCUCAUAGCGAGAUGGAGAUUGGGAAGCAAGUGCGUCCGGUGUACGAUGAUUUCCAGGCCAAAGGUCCUCUGAGUGGGUUUCCCGGCUACCUUGAACCGUCCCAACCUGGUCUAGCUGCAACAAACUUCGGAGCAUCUGCAACAACUACCAUUAGUAUAGAUGCAUCUCUUGCUGGAAACAUCAUAGGGAAGAAUGGUGUGAACUCAAAACAGAUAUGUCAGAUUACUGGUGUCAAGCUCUUUAUAAAGGAGCACGAAACGGACACUAACAAAAGAAAUGUUGAGCUCCAAGGAACCUUUGAUCAGAUUAAUCAGGCCAGUGCCAUGGUAAGGGAGCUCAUAUCGAAUAUCAGUACACCUACAGGCGGGCUCAAGAAUGCUGUCCCAUUUACUCGGGGUCCUUCUGGCCCACUUAAAACAAAGAUGUGUGCGAAUUUUUCAAAAGGUUUGUGCACAUUUGGAGAGAAAUGUCAUUUUGCUCAUGGGCCCAGUGAGUUGCAGAAGCCAUUGGCUUGAUUUCAUGGUAUUCAUACUGUGUACUAGCUAAAAUAUUGUUUGCCAAUAGGAGAUAGUAAAGAUGAACGUUGAAAGGAUAUUGUCUGUGCUGUAUUAGUGUAUUAUAUAUCCUUUUAGGAUGGGAUUGCUCAGGUAUUUCAUAUCUGUGUAUUGGUGACCAGAAAAUACUUUUAUUAUGUCAGUCUUUAGAUAGGAUCUU